CACCCCGCUUUUCGCGCCGUGAGCUCCAAGCCUUCCGCAGCAACAGCGAAAGGCGCGCCUUCCUCACUCCCGCCGGCAAGACGAACAACCCGCCAUUAGGAAGACCGGCCGACCACUCCCACUCUCCCCCCUUUUUUGGCCCGGAAGGAGUUGCCUGCUUGGCCUCGGAAGUUGUCUUGGGCAGGGUCCGGCCCAGAGCGAGGCCUGGCUGCUAUUCUUGGAACUGGAAUUCCGGCUAAUCCAGGCAGGGGUGGACCCCGGUCGGUUGUCUCUUAGCCACCUGUAAGCCAGUCGACCUCAUGAAAGAAGGUCCAACAACUAUCUGAAAAGAAAACACAAUGUUUUGAAGUAUGAAAGGAUUACUGCUGCUAUACCAGAGGCUACGAAUAUUAAUGGCCAAAUCUAGUAAUCACACGGUCUUCUAAAGAAGUCAUGGGUAGCUGUUGUAGCUGUCCUGAUAAAGAAGCAGUCCCUGAUAACCAUCGAAACAAAUUUAAGGUUAUUAAUGUGGAUGAUGAUGGUAAUGAAUUGGGUUCUGGUAUAAUGGAACUUACAGAUACAGAGUUAAUCUUGUAUACCCGUAAACGUGAUUCGGUCAAGUGGCAUUAUCUCUGUCUGCGCCGUUAUGGGUAUGAUUCCAAUCUUUUCUCAUUUGAAAGUGGUCGAAGGUGUCAAACUGGACCAGGGAUAUUUGCCUUCAAGUGUGCUCGUGCAGAGGAACUGUUUAAUAUGCUGCAGGAAAUCAUGCAGAAUAAUAGUAUAAAUGUAGUAGAAGAACCAGUUGUAGAAAGGAGUCUACAUCAAACAGAGAUUGAGGUUCCAAGAACACCUCUCACACCUACCACACCUGGAUUGAGUGGGCAGAAUUUACCUAAUGGGUACCCAAGGUUUCCCUCCUAUGGAGAUGCUUCAUCACAUCCUUCUAGCAGACACCCUUCAGUAGGAAGUGCACGUCUUCCUUCAGUAGGUGAAGAAUCCACACACCCCUUACUUGUAGCAGAGGAACAAGUCCAUACAUAUGUGAAUACAACAGGUGUACAGGAGGAAAGAAAAAACAAAUCAACUGCACGCACACCUCUGGAACAAAAGGUUCCCAAUGCAGAAACAAACAAGGCAAGAGAAGAAGGGACUUGCUCUGAUGACAGGGAUGGCCAGGUUGUACUGGAACCUCAAGGAGUCAAAUUUGUUUUGGGCCCUACUCCUGUCCAGCGACAGUUAAUGGAGAUGGAAAAACUGGAAUCAAGCGGGAACAGUACUCAAAUUAGUGGGAACAAUACUGAAACAAGUAGUAGCAGUAUUCAAGCUAGUGGAAAUAGUAACAAUGAAUGGGAUACUGGAUAUGACAGUGAUGAACGCAAAGAGGUUUCUUCUGGUAAUAAACUAACAUAUGAAAAUGUAAAUAGAUUGUCUAUCCCUAAUGCUCCAGGGCACAGGAGGAGUCGUCUAGUGUCAUCCAGUACUUCUGAUUCUCAAAACAUCAAUAAUUCAGCUCAAAGGAGAACUGCACUGUUAAAUUAUGAAAAUCUUCCUUCUUUGCCUCCAGUUUGGGAAGCUCAUAAGCUAAGUAAAGAGGAGGAUGACAGUUUAGGACCAAAGACUCCCUCUUUGAACGGCUAUCAUAAUAACUUAGAUCCCAUGCAUAAUUAUGUCAAUACAGAGAAUGUAACAGUACCAUCAAGUGCUCACAAAGUUGAACAUGCAAGACGCCGGGACUGUACCCCUACAGUCUUCAAUUUUGAUAUUAGGCGACCAAGUUCAGAACACAGGCAACUCAAUUAUAUACAAGUUGAUUUGGAAGGUGGCAGUGACUCUGAUAACCCACAGACUCCCAAAACUCCUACUACUCCACUUCCCCCAACACCAACUAGGCGCACCGAGCUAUAUGCUGUGAUAGAUAUUGAAAGAACUGCUGCUAUGUCAAACUUGCAGAAAGCACUGCCACGAGACGACGGUACUUCUAGAAAAACUAGACAUAACAGUACUGACCUGCCUAUGUGAGCCUGGAAAGCAGUAGUGAAAUCAUUUGCACCUUUGUGAAGAAUUGUUUUAAUUGGAUGAGUGCUGUUUUAUUUUUGAAUGCUAUCACCUUUCAUAGGUUAAUAGAUUUUUCUGAAUACAUCAUUUGCUUGCUUAAAGGGAAUUUAAGGUAGAUAAAGUAUUAAAUAACACUAUCACUUUAUAAUUAUAGAAACAGCUUUUAAAUAUUGUUGCCAUUUUUAUAGUGCCUAUUUUAUUGACUGAAAGUUAUAGUAGCCAAUUAUAACAAAUUGGCCAUGUGCCUAAAAUUACUGUCAAGGCAUUAUGACACUCCUAUGCUGCCUGAAACUUGCAUUAUUUGCAAAUCAGUAGAAUUUCUCAUAGUAUAUUAAUAGACUCACAGAUUCCAGUUGAAUUUAUGCGUGGUAUAAAUGAGAAAGAUUUUAGUUGUCAAAUCAUGGUACGGUUUUCUUUCAGAGUGCUGGGUUUAUGAGAAAGGACUGACAGGCAGCUGUUAUCCUCCAAACUUCUCCUAAUAGGAGCAGCUUUCUAUAGUAAAUACUUUUAUUAAAUCUAAUAAAGCCAAUUUUUAGUACUGAGGAGAAUGCUGUUUAGUGGCUGAUUUGGGAGAGAUAAAAAUGGAUGAAAUCAUCAUCUUCAUUAAGAUUUCAUUCAGAUGUCAUGUAGCUCAUGGAAUUGGUUUAAAAUUACCCAUGAUCUUUAGAUGCACUUUAAAUUCACUAACCAUAAGUCCAACAACUAGUAAUUUAAAAUAUGUUCUGGUACAAUUUUAUUAAAAAGUUUGUGUUGCAAUUCUAGAAUUUUUUUUUGCUUUCUAAAGUUAAUAACAAAAGGUAAUAAUAUGAAGAAGGUACAUCAUUUAGCAGGAAAUGACAUGCACCUAAAUAAUUUCAAACCUUUUGCCAAGUAAAGAUGGAUAUUGUUAAAGGAGUAUUAUGCU